GUCAUCUGUUGUCACCUGACCUUUGCCUCGGCCGCUUCCUCUUUCUCCUCGAGUCCUCCAGCAGGAACAGAUCUAGCUCCUCCAGCAGCGCAGAGAUGUUGGCCCUCAUCCACCGGCUCCUGGACUGGUUCAGGUCGCUCUUCUGGAAAGAGGAGAUGGAGCUAACGCUGGUGGGACUGCAGUACUCUGGAAAAACCACUUUUGUCAACGUGAUUGCUUCCGGUCAGUUCAAUGAAGACAUGAUCCCUACAGUCGGCUUCAACAUGAGGAAAGUCACCAAAGGCAAUGUAACAAUAAAAAUUUGGGAUAUAGGCGGGCAGCCGCGGUUCAGGAGCAUGUGGGAGCGAUACUGCCGGGGCGUCAAUGCCAUCGUGUAUAUGGUUGACUCUGCGGAUCGUGAAAAGGUCGAAGCCUCGAGAAACGAGCUACACAACUUGUUAGACAAACCACAGCUGCAAGGCAUUCCUGUACUUGUCCUAGGCAACAAAAGAGACCUCCCCAGUGCACUAGACGAGAAGCAAAUAAUCGAAAAGAUGAACCUGUCUGCAAUUCAAGACAGAGAGAUCUGCUGCUACUCCAUUUCAUGCAAAGAGAAAGACAAUAUAGAUAUCACACUGCAGUGGUUGAUCCAGCAUUCAAAAUCUCGGAGAAGUUGAAAGCAGACCCCGUCCUGCCAAUAACUCAGUCCUGCCCUUGUUCCAGCUCCCAGCUCAGCCCAGCGCUCUUCAGUCCGGCCGGCCCUUCCUGUGAGCAGUGACGCAGUCCCUCUCAGCCGCAUCUGUCUGU